AUGUAUGUCAGGUCAGCUACCAGUGCCCGACAAUGUCGUAACGAGACACAAAUGUGCGGCGGUUUUGCCGGUUUCCAGUGCUGUCCGGGACUAGACUGCUUCAGGAAACCAUUGAUGCGUCGGGUGGCCGAUGGAUCGGGUAGUUGUCAAAAAACAGUAUUACCACAGGAUGAUCACUGUUUAAAACGUAUGUCUAUGUGCGAUGAGGAGGUGCCCAACCAGUGUUGUCAGGGAUUACGUUGCGUUGAGUUUGAUAUCGAUGCUACCGGUGCCCGACUAUGUCGUAAUGAAAGUCAAUCGUGCGGUGUUUUUCUUGAAUCCCAGUGCUGUUCGGGACUCAAAUGUGUUGGUAUCAAACCGGGUGUUAGCGAUGAUGGAUCGGGUCGGUGCCAAAAAACAGUGCCUGCAAUCAGCAGCAAUGUAGGGUCAAUAGGACAGGUAGAUGAUGACGAUCAUUGUCAGCACCGUAUGGCACAAUGCGAUGAAAUGGCCACUUGUUGUCAGGGAUUACGUUGUGUGGAGUAUUGGGUCGAUGGCGUACAUGUUUGUGUAUAA